UCUGAAAUAGUCGUCGUGACGGCCUGAUAGAGGUUGAUGAGCUCAGAUCUGGUCCGGUCUGAGAUCGAGACCUUUCGCUCACCUGUGAACAAAGCCAUUUUGGAGUCGACUCGUUGGCAAUAUCGGAUGAAAGGCUGCUGAACUGCGGCGCACCCUGCAGUCCAUCUGAGCGAGAGAGAGAUGGGUUGUUCUAUGAGGGCUUCGAGGAUUGCUGCUCUUCUGAAUCUCCAGCCCCAUCCAGAAGGUGGUUAUUACAAAGAAACACUCAGGGAUUCUUCCAUACACCUCAACGUAUCUCAGCUUCCACCCCAUUACAAGGUGGAAAGACCGGUCAGCUCAUCAAUAUAUUUCCUCUUGCCAUCUGGAAGUGUCACGUAUCUGCAUAGAAUUCCUUGUGCUGAAGUGCUGCAUUUCUACAUGGGAGAACCUUUUACUAUCUUCCAGCUAACUGAAAAUGGGCAGUUCAAACUGAGCGUGCUUGGCCCUGACCUGGAAGCUGGUCAACAUCUGCAAUAUACUGUACCACCUCUUGUCUGGUUUGGCUUUUACCCAACCAAGGACAUAGAGAGCUAUGCUUCAGAUGGAAGCUCUAUCACAAAAUCUCCACCAAGAGAUGCUGAUCUCCAUUUCACUUUAUCCGGGUGCACAUGUGCACCAGCUUUUCAGUUUGACGACAAUGAGAUUGACAGGGUCUGAGCCUGUUCUCACUUGUUUGCGUCAGCCACUUGCUCGUCGCAGGCAAUCAGGAUGAGGUAACACUCUGAGAUUCACUGCGUUAUUCUUCCGUAACCCACCUGAAUUCCUGGCGCAAGCAGGCAAGCGGCCAGAUUAAGCUGGGAAGGGGAAUGGUGGUCUGAAGCAGAGAUGUUCGCGACGGCAGUUAAGUUCUUCGCAAAGAAAGGA